AUGACUGGAAUAUUUGUGGACACGCUGAAGGACCCAUUCUUUGAUAGACUGGUGAGUAGUGCAGCGUCCGACUUCGCGCAUCUAGUCACAAUCGGAGAUCGCAUAGAAAAAGGGUUAAGGGAUGGAAAGAUUCCAGGAGCUAUGGCAGUCCCUAGCACACCGAAAAAGUAUUCUGGAGGCUUCCAGAAGAAAAUAGAAGGUGAAACGAACGCUAUAUCCAGAGGCUAUAAGGGGAAGCAACAUGCUUCAUAUGGCCAAGUCGUCGUCGUGGUACCCAUACCUUAUCAACAACCAAUACAGAAACAACAAGUGUAUCAACCACAACAUCAACAUAAUCAUCAUCAACAAAACACCGCGCCACCAAGACAAUUCAAGCCAAGGCCUCCAAGAAGGCAACUCGAUCCUCUACCAGUACCUUAUAGCCAAAUAUUCCCAUAUCUGCAAAAGGAGGGCCUCCUGACAUUGAGGGAGCUAAAACCGGUUGUUUUUCCAUAUCCACCCGGAUAUGAUGCUAACGCAUAUUGUGAGUUUCACAUGGGAGCACCUAGUCAUACCUUGGAGAAUUGCUUUGCAUUUCAAAAUCGGGUACAAGACUGGAUCGAAGCAAAGGUUGUCUCCUUCACUCCGAGACGCCCGAACAUGAACACCAAUCCCAUGCCAACACAUAAGGAUGCUUCCGUCAGUGCCAUUGAGGAGAGUGAUCAAGGUAAAUUGAUCUGUAAGAUUGAAGAGAUUCAAACCCCUAUCGCUAGGAUAGGAGCACAAUUGCUGAAGAGUGGUAUAAUCCCGAAGGAGCUAGUUGCUGAAGAGAACAAUAAAAAGUUGAGGAAUUUUAUACAACAAAUGUUGGAUCAAGGCGAGUUACAGAUAAAUCGUCGUGUCAAGAGCAAGCGCCAUGAAGAGAUAACCAUGGUGGACAUCCCUUAUGAUGAGGUUAAUAUGGAAAUACCUAUAAGCCCAUUGGUGAUAGAGUUUCCAGCACCGUUCGCGUAUGAAGAUGAGAAGGCGGUCUCGUGGAUAUAUCAGCCCAGAGCUUUUAAGCAAGGGUAG